UUUAUUUUAUUAGUGCUUUUCACACGCUUCGCUUUCCCUCUCUCUCUGCCAAGGGUUUAUGCGAGCUCGUCAUGGCUGAUACCAGGAGAUACGCCCCCAAUCAGCAUCUAGACCUUGCCCAGAUAUUGCAAGAAGCAAAGAACCGUUGGCUUCGUCCAGCUGAAAUUUGUGAAAUACUUCGCAACUAUCGGCAUUUUGAAUUGACCACAGAUCCGCCCGUCAGGCCUCCAGCUGGUUCUUUGUACCUGUUUGAUCGAAAAGCACUUCGAUAUUUUCGUAAAGAUGGUCAUCGCUGGAGGAAGAAAAAGGAUGGAAAGACAGUAAAAGAAGCCCAUGAAAAGUUGAAGGCUGGCAGUGUAGACGUACUUCAUUGUUACUAUGCCCAUGGGGAGGACAAUGCAAAUUUUCAACGGCGGAGUUAUUGGAUGCUUGACACGCAUUUACAGCACAUUGUUCUUGUGCAUUACAGAAAUGUGGAAGAGGCAAACUCAGCUGCCCGUAUGGUUCAAACAUCCUUUGGUUCAAGUCCACUUCAAACAUCCUUUGCUUCAAGUCCAGUUCAUACAUCCUUUGCUUCAAGUCCAAACAGAGUUGAAUUGGGUGGACAAACAUUAUCGAAAGAAUUUGAGGAUGUGGAUUCUCGGAGAGAUGCAGGAACUUCAUCUGUUGAGCAACCGAUGUUUGGUUCCUUUUCUCAUAAUGCUUCUUUGCUUCCUCAACAAGUUGGAGGAUUUCCUGAGUCAUUCAGGGAUCCCUCUAGUACAUGGUAUGGUGGACCUAAAUUUGAUCAUGGUGCUGGAUUAUCUGCCUGGCAAGGAAUGGAUAGCUCAAUGAGAAAUGAGCACAUCAUGCAUGGCCAAAACCUUUUUGUUGAAGAACCUAACAGAGCUGACUUUAUAACUCUUAAGCUAACAGAUGCUAAAGUGGAUGCUCAUAGUGGAGUCAAAGAUGUAACUUGUGAAGAUAGGUUGACCACUAACAUAGAUGUCCAAAUUGUCUCAGCACCUUCUCAAAGAGAAGAUCAGGUGCCAAAGGAGCAUGACUUCAAUGUGCUUCAUCCUCAGGUUCAAGAUUAUUCUGAUCCUCAGAUUGUAGUAACUCCUUCCAACCAAGUUGAAGAGAAUAGAGAUUGUCGUGUGCGUAAUGAACCAGUGGAACUGAAGAAACUAGACAGCUUUGGGAGAUGGAUGGAUAAAGAAAUUGGUGUGGAUUGUGAUGAUUCCUUGAUGGCUUCCGACUCUGGUAAUUACUGGAGUACAUUUGAUGCUGAGAGUGGUGAUAAGGAAGUGUCCAGUUUAUCACACCAUAUGCAGUUGGAUAUAGAGUCACUGGGUCCUUCUCUUUCCCAAGAACAACUAUUUACUAUUUCUGAUUUUUCACCAGAUUGGGCUUAUUCAGGAACUGAAACAAAGGUUUUAAUAGUUGGCAGUUUUCUUGGAAGCAAGAAGGAUUGUGCUGAGACUAACUGGGGGUGCAUGUUUGGUGAAAUAGAAGUUUCUGCUGAAAUUCUAUCUAACAAUGCCAUUAGAUGUCAAACUCCUCUGCAUGCUCCUGGGCGUGUUCCAUUCUAUGUGACCUGCAGAAAUAGGUUAGCCUGCAGUGAAAUUAGGGAGUUUGAAUACCGUGAAAAACCCAUUGGAAUAGCCAUCAACAGGUUAAGAGAUGAUGAAUUACGCUUUCAGAUACGACUAGCAAAAUUGUUGAGCUUGGGCUCAGAGAGGAAGUGGUUGAUAUGUGCUGUUCCAGAUUGUGAUCAAUGCAAGCUCAAAAGUUCCAUAUUUUCAAUGAGAAGCAACAGUGAAAGUGAUUGGGAAACAAUUGAUGGGGCUUCUGUGGCAUGCGAAAGUGACCACUUGAGCCGUAGGGAUGUCUUGAUUCAGAAUUUGUUGAAGGAUAGACUCUGUGAAUGGCUAGUAUGUAAAAUUCACGAAGGAGGCAAAGGAACACAUGUUCUGGAUAAUGAAGGCCAAGGUGUUCUACAUUUGACAGGUGCUCUUGGUUACGAGUGGGCCAUAGGUCCCAUAAUUGCUGCAGGUGUCAGUCCCAAUUUCAGAGAUGCUCACGGAAGAACAGGGCUUCACUGGGCAUCAUAUUUUGGAAGAGAGGAAACUGUCAUUGCGUUACUUCGAUUGGGUGCCGCUCCAGGAGCCGUCGAGGACCCAACAUCUGUGUUUCCUGGCGGACAAACUGCUGCUGAUCUAGCCUCGAGUAGAGGGCAUAAAGGGAUUGCUGGAUAUUUGGCAGAAGUGGAUUUAACCAGUCACCUGGAGUUGUUGACCAUGAAUGAGAAUAGAAUGAACAAUGUUACAGCAACUAUUGCAGCUGAGAAGGCCAAACAGACAGCAGAAGUUUCUGCAUCUGAUGUUGCAGUAGAUGAGCAACAUUUUCUCAAAAACCCUAUAGCAGCUGUUAGGAAAUCAGCUCAUGCGGCUGCUCUAAUUCAGGAGGCUUUCAGGGCUCGUUCAUUUCGUCAGAGACAGUUAACCAAGAGCAGAACAGAUAUUUCUGAAGUUCAGUCUCAGGACCUUGUUGCACGUCGUUCCUUGAAGAGAGUCCAGAAGUUCGCUCACUAUGAGGAUUAUCUGCAUGUCGCAGCAGCUCUGAAGAUCCAACAAAACUAUCGUGGAUGGAAGGGAAGAAAGGAUUAUCUGAAGAUUCGUGACCGUAUUGUUAAAAUUCAGGCUCAUGUGAGGGGACAUCAGGUUCGGAAGAAUUACAAAAAGGUUUUGUGGUCUGUUGGUAUACUUGAAAAGGUUAUACUGCGUUGGAGGCGAAAGGGAACUGGUUUGCGAGGAUUUCGGGUGGAAGGGCCUACUGAAGAUGCAUCUUCAGAGGUUAAGAAAAAUGAUGACUAUGAAUUUCUUAGUGUCGGUCGGAAGCAGAAAUUUGCUGGGGUUGAGAAAGCUCUCGCAAGGGUAAAGUCCAUGGCUCGUCAGCCUGAAGCGCGUGAACAAUACAUGAGGCUACUUUCAAACUUUGAGAAACUUGAGAUGGCGGACGGGGAGAACCAGGCCUCGAAUCAAAAUGAAAGUUCCGACGAAAAAGUUAUAGAUGAAGUUCUGCGUGCACUCAAUGAAGGUCAAUGAUCAACUUCCACCAUGUCAAGUAAUUGAAUGGAGUAAACCAAAGGCUGUAUGGCACUAUUUUUGUCGCCCUACCCGUAAUAUUUUCGCCUGUAUUUAACGGCCGUCGUGGUUUUUUUACCGGGGAAAUUUUGUCAAUUGCAGGAAGGAUGGGAGAAAUGGGAAAAAGCAUAAUUGUAUAUGGCACAGAUUUCCUUUUUCCUUGCUUAACCAGUAGUCAAGUUUGAUCUGACCUAGUUUUCUAGGGUUUUUAUGAAACGUGGGCAGCUGAUGGUCAAAAUUUCAGAGUAGUUGACAGGUUUAAAGUUUACCAAUGGUGCUAUAUUUUACAGUUACCAUGGGUUUGUUUUCCAUAAAUUAUCGUAAAAUUACAACCCAUUUGGUGCCGUAUAGUUUACACUAA